AUGCAAGAUAAAUUAAAAAUAAAAUCUGUUGAAAUUUAUUUCGACCACUUAACCCUAAAUUUAAAAAUAGGUCAUAUCAAAUUUGACAAAGAUAUCGCUCUAUCAAGUUUAUCAGUCACUAAUGUAGAAAAAAUCACUAUUGACAGAUUUGAUUUAAAUAUAAAUCAAAAAUAUCUUGACAUUGAUGACAGUAUUGUAUUCAUAACUGACGCUUUAAGUGUUCAAAUAAAUAAUCUUAAUUUUACAUCGGCUACAUAAGUUAUUUAAAAUAAUAUGUUUACAUUUGAUGAAGUACAAAGCAUAAUAAUAAAAUCAUUCUUGAUUGAAAAUAUUUUACUUGAAUCAAAAUUAAUAACAGUUUCAAGAUCUGAUAGCUUUUAUUUAGAAGGUAUUCGAUUGAAGAAUUGCUUUUUUAAAACAGAUUUAAUUAGUUUUGAAAAAACUAAUAUAGCUACAAUAUCAAAUUCUAGCUUCAUUCUUGAUUCUAACUCUCCGAAUUUCAGUUAUUUCUAACCACUCAGUAAAAAUGAUAAGGAUUAAAAAACUUAAUAAACUGAGUGGUUAAAAGCUUACGAUGAUAUGGAUGGGUCAAGGUCUUUAAUUAUUAUGGGAGAUUUUGAGAGAUAGUAUUUUCAAAUUACUAAUCUAUAAAUUGAAAACUGUUUUGCAGAUUUUGGAGGAUUUGAUUCUAGAUUUCUUUCAGUAACUAAUUCAUUGAAAGAUUUAAAAAUCAAUAAAAGUACUUUUCAGAAUAUGAAAUCCUAUUAAAAUGGAGGUUGCUUGAGGUUUUAUGUUUUAAAUAGUUUAGAAAUUACUUCAUCAAAUUUUACAAAUUGUGUAAGCAAUAAAUUUGGAGGGGCUAUAUUUGUCAAGACUUUUUAAAUUAUAAAUUUUAGUAAUUUGAAUUUACAAAGUAAUUCAGCUCUUUUUGGAGGUGGUAUUUCUAUUGAUUCAUAAGGAAAUGAAAAAAAUUUAGUAAAUAUAAAUUUUAAAAACAAUACAUCAACUUACUUAGAUAACGACUUGUAUGAUUAUACCUCUUGUUUUCAAAUAAAUUAAAUAUUUGAAUACAUUCCUAAUUAUUUUUAAUAAAAUUACCUACUUAGAAGAGUUUCUAUUUCUGAUUCGAAAGCUUAUCUCAUUCCAGGCUCUAUUUAUAUUAUUCUAAUUGAUUUAAAUUUCUUUAAAAAUGAUAAUUCUAAAAUGAAAAAAGUGAACCCAACUACUAUAAAUAACAUUUUCUUUGGAAAUUUGUAUAACUUUUACCAGCCAUAAAAAUAAUUAUAAAAUGUAGGAGAUAUUAGUUAGUAUCUAAAUUAUGAAAUAAACUUGAAAGAAUUCAAAUAAAAUUAAGCAUACCUUUUGUUCUAACCAAAUUCUGGUUUAAAGCAAUUUAAAUUUAAUUUUAUUUAUGGUAUUGAAUCACUGAUUGAUAUAGAAUUAUCAUCUCGCGAUUGUAUUUAAGGUUAGUAAAAAGUUUAAUUUACCACUUUAGACACCUCAAGGUAUAUGUGUAAAUAUUGUGAAGCUAUGUCUGCAAAUUAUAGGAAUGAUUUGUUUGAGUGCUAGCAAUGUGAUAGCUAGAUAUUUUCUUAGUGCUACUUAAACUAUACUUUGCUUAAUCAAGGUUAUUGGAGGGAGUCACUUCAAGUAGAUAAAAGAUUUAUAUAUAAAUGUCAAAGUACAAGCUAAUAAUCUUGUAUAGGUGGAAGUGGGUUUGGAAAUGAGCUCUGCUCAGAAGGACGAAUAGGAAAUGAGUGCUCGGUAUGUGAUGAAACUUCCUCUUAUUGGAAUGCAACUUAUACAUCAAACAGUCUCUACUCUUGCGUUAAAUGUGAUGAUAUUUAAUCAAAUGCAAUUAAAAUUUGGGUAGGAACCACCUUGUUUAUCAUGAUACUUUUUCUUUUGAUUAAUAGCAAUUUUAAAAAGAUAUAAAAUUAAAUUUAUCAACAUUACUUAUUAAGAAUGCAUAUGGCUUUCAUCGGUACUAGCUUUACAAAAUUUGGGCUUGCUUCUGUUUUUAUAAAGAUUCUAUCAUUUAAUGCUUCUCUCUUAGGUUUCGUCUAAAACUAACUUGAAAUAAGCGUCAAAGACACAUUAAUAGAAUAGUCGAUUCAAUAUUCAAGUCCAUUACAAACAAGUUUUGUUUCAAUUAAUUGUGCAGUUUAUGAUAUAUUUCCUAAUUAGUAGUAUUAUGGCAUAGUAAAAUUAAAAUUAUACUUGACACUGCCUUUAUUAGUAAUCCCUUUAGUGCUAUUUUUACCUUUGAUUAGAUUCUUCUGUAAAAAAUCAAGUGCAAGAUAUCUAAAAUAUAAUAUAUCUUUUACUAUAAUUUACACUCUCUUUAUAGUUUUUUACAACCAAAUCCUUAGUGUCUGUCUUGACUCUUUGACUUGCAGAAGCUUUGGAAAUGGAGAAAAAGCUCUAUAAAUUGAUCUAGCAGUUCCUUGCAGCUAACGCCAUCAGUAUUAUAUAUUUUCAUUAGGAGGAUUAGUGUUAUAUUCUAUUUUAGUACCAUCUUACUUAAUUUACAGUCUCAUAUCAAACAGGAAUAAACUGAAUUAUAUUAGCCUUUCUAAAGAACGCAGUUGA